UCUCUAUCUUUCAAUCUCGUUUGCUGACUGAAAGACCAUAUCACUCCCUCAUCAAUUCCCACAUUUCCAACUUCUUCAACCCAAGCAACCCUGCAGCCAUGAACAAACUGACAAACUUUCAACUCCUCCAGGCUUUCUUUGCAGCCAUCUUGAUCUUAACCCUCCUCCUUCACACCCUUUUAAGUGGCAUCCCAUUUAGCAACCUCCUCCAUUUCCUCUCCCACAACCUCGCUGUGUCUCUAUCUUGUGCCUGGUGUCUAUCUAUCUCCAUUAUCUACUACCUCUGCACCCGUCCACGCCCAGUCUUGAUGCUAGACUACACCUGCUUCAAGCCUGAAUUCGACCGUAAGGUGAGUUUAGAAUCCGGCGAGUAUUUUGUCCGCCGGAGUGGACGUUUCACCUCUGAAAGCGUAGACUUCAUGCUAUCUAUAUUUCAAAAGUCCGGCCUAGGUGAGGAAACAUACCUACCGCCGUUCAUCUUUCAGACUGGUUACGACGCCAAGCUACAAUCCGCCAUUGAAGAAGCCAUGGAAGGAAUCUUCUCAUGCGUUGAUUCACUCCUCUCCAAAACCCAGAUCGACCCACAACUGAUCGACACCGUAAUCGUCUUUUCCAGCAUGUUUGCUCCGGCCCCUUCCCUCACGUCGCUUGUUGUGAACCAUUACAAACUAAGACCAGACGUUAGAACAUUCAACCUCAGCGGCAUGGGUUGUGCUUCGGGCGCCUUGUCCAUGGACACCGCCGCUAGGAUUGUGAACAGCAGCAGGCGGAUCACAUACGCACUCGUUGUCGUCAUCGAGAGCAUCAGCUUGAGCUGGUAUUUCGGCGACGAUCGCUCCAUGCUCAUCAGCAACAGCAUUUUCCGUGUCGGUUGUGCCGCUGCGAUGAUUACAAACGAUCCGAGACGCCGAAAAGACGCCAAGAUGGAACUGGUGAAGUCAUUAAGGACUCACCAUGGAGCCGACGACAGUGCCUACACGGCCGCGUUUCAGAAAGAAGAUGAGUUGGGUAAUCUGGGGAUGUCACUCAAGAAGGACUUAGUCCGAGUUGCUGGCCUUGCCUUGCGCGAUCACAUCCGGUCGCUUGCACCACGAGUUCUCCCAGUGAGUCAACUCGUCGCCUAUGGAUACUCGGUUAUAAUGUCAGUCCUAUCAGGCGGCGCCAUGAAACCGAUGGUUCCAGACUUUAAGACUGCAUUCGAUCAUUUCUGUAUACACACCGGUGGGAGGGCUGUUAUAAAGCAGGUAGCGGAAGUUCUAAGACUCAGCGACGAGUUGACAGAGCCGGCUCGGAUGUGUCUGCACCGAUUCGGAAACACGUCUGGUACUCUGGUGUUCUACGAGCUGGCAUAUUUUGAUGCGAAACAGAGGUUGAAGAAAGGUGAUAAGCUGUGGAUGCUGGCGUUUGGGACGGGGUUCAAGGUGUGCAGCGUCGUCUGGAAGUCGCUGCGUGAUUCGUGCGAAGAAGCUGAAAAUCCAUGGACUGAUUGCUCCCAUCGAUACCCAUUAGUAAACUGGUAAUUCAGGAGGGAAUUGAAGAAGAAGAAGAAGAGAGACGAGUAUUUCUAUUCUUGCUAUCUGAGUCGUAUUAUUUCCUGCAUUCGUUUCUUCAAAAAGCGAAGGGAUGAAAGAAGAUAAUUUGGUUGUGUUAAUAGCUAGUCUACGUACCGUUGUUAUGUCAAUAGUUAUUCCGUAUUUAUGGGAAAGGAUGGGAUGAGAAAGACUGUUUGUUUUCUCGCGAGAAACUGUAUGGU